AUGGCUGGUCACGCCAAAGCGUCCCUGGAGCCAGAGGGCUCUUCUCCUGCCUCCUUUUCUCCCCCGGGCUCGCCUCAGCGAAGAGACCCAACGGUCAGUUCCCAAGAGAUAACCAGCCAGUUCGCCAGCGCCAGGAGCAAAGAGGACUGGGAGAACCUGGACGGGAGUGAGUUGAUUUUCACCUUGGAUAAGGAUGAAGAGGAAGGAGCUGCCAAUUCGCCUGAGAACGCUGUUCUGUAUGUGGACACUGGGCAGUGUGAAGGCCAACAUGGAUCUUCGUUCCAUAGGCCAUUCCCUCCAGCUUCUCCUCCAGAGCUGGGGUUCCUGACCGACAUCCCCCUCUAUCACCUGCCUGGCUUCUCUCCACAGAGCUCCACUGCCCCCCCGAAUCUGCAGGGCUCCCCGGGCCCCAAGCCCCUCAUUAACUUAGUGAAGUCCCUGUCGACCGAGAUACAAGCCAAGGAGAGCUGCCCUCUCAAGCCCCAGCCCUUGCUGAACUUGGUCAAGUCCAUUUCGACAGAGAUCUCCCACCUGGAGCCCGAGGUGACGCAGUCCAAGUCAGACUCAAAGCUCAACGUGCAUCUGUGGAGGCAGAUCACCCAGCCCAAGAGCAGAGAUGGGGACUCCAGGACAGCUCCCUCCUCCCCCAAUAUCUCCCCUUCGGAGAGCAAAGGCAGCUUCUUCAAGGUGCAGGAGGCCAAGUUCGAAGACACAAAGAGGAGGUUCUCCGAGGCCAUGCAGGAACCUCUCAGCAGGCUCAGCAAAAUCAUCGGGGACGAGAACAGCGUCUCGGCCAAGUAUAAACUGCCCCACUCCGGUGCUUACGUCCAUGACUCCCCGUCCAGCCACAGCGGGGACUGCACUAAUGCGGACGCCAAGGCUGCUAGGCCCAGCCCCGGGAAAGUGGAGAGCGACUGGCCGGGAGAGCACGCGAGCAAAGCGAUCCGGAGGACCCAGGCGAAGGACGGCUUCCCCUUGGAGCACAAGUGGGGGCCCGCCUUGAACUGCAAGUAUGAGAUCUGCUCCUGUGGAGACGUAAUCCAGGUGGUGGAAGUGGAGCAGAGCGAGAACGGCCCAGAGGAGGCGCAGCUGCGGCAGCCCCUGGACGAGCUCCCCCCAGCCCAGCCUGCCAGCCCGGUGCCAUGCAAAACCCUCGCCUGCGUCGCCAUCUUGGCUUACAAUUACUUCAUCCUGCCUCUGCCCCCUUACCUCUCAGGCCUCUGUCUGGGACUGGCCUGUGGGUUCGUGCUGGGCUUCCUGGUCAUCCUGCUGUUCGUGCCAAAGCCUUCCCUGGCUCCCCAGCAGGGACGGCACCCACAGGACAAGCUGCGCUCGGAGCUGCUAACGAGGAAGCCACAGGAACCAGAUGUCCUCAAGAGCUGGAUGAACGAGAUGUAUUUCUACGACCCGGAGAUCUACCACCCGUCGCUCACUCACUCGGUGUUUGUGACGCUGGAAGGCUCCGCCAUGAAGCUCUCUUACCCCAAGAACAACGUCCCGCGCCGAGCCACCUUCGAAGAAGAAACCCUCGAUGUGGCCUUUGUCAGCCAUCGGCACUACGACAUGAGCAAUGCCCAGGUCUUUCUCUUCCCACCUGGCCUGGCCCGAAAGAGGAUGUGGAACAAGAAAUAUCCCAUCUGCAUUCUGUUCCCAGACCAAGAGGACCAGAAUUUCAGAAGCUCAAAUGAGCAUGACAUGGAGCUCCCAAGAGAUGAAAGCCUGAAAAUGACUCGGACACAGGGCCAGGACGUCCCCCUGAAGCCUCCAGGGGACCUCCGGGAAAGGACCCUCUACCUCUUUGGAAGAACAGGAAGGGACAAAGAAGAGUGGUUCCAACAUCUCAUGACAGCCUCCCGAGGGGACUGUCACGAGGUGCAGAGUGCCAGCUGGAGUGAAGGCAAAUUUGGUUUCGGUCCCAACCAGCUCUCUAGCCCUUCAGGAAAGGGCAUCAACAGCAGUGGCAGCAGCCGAGGAAGCACGGACGACAUCCCUUCGUUGUUCAGACCCAAGGAUCUAGCUGGGACCGUCCGGCAGAAGAUUCUUCUGGAUUACAGCACCUACAUGUCCCGGUUAGUCCAGCCAGAAACGGGCACCAGCCCUCUCCAGAGCCCCUGUCACAGCGCCAUGGGCAGCCCAACCCCCCAAAAGUUCCUCAGGGAAAUGAAUGGCAGCAGUGAACUGUCCAUAGCUUGGAUGAAUGCACUGGUUGGGCGAAUCUUCUGGGACUUCCUGAGGGAGAAAUAUUGGAUGGACCAAGUGUCAAACAAGAUCCAGAAGAAGUUAAGCAAAAUCAAGCUCCCGUACUUUAUGAACGAGCUCACUCUCACUGAGCUGGACAUGGGGACAUCCAUCCCCCUCGUUCUCAGUGCCUCCAAUCCGAUCAUCGAUAACCAAGGGCUUUGGGUGGACCUGGAAGUCAUCUACAACGGCGCCCUACAGAUGACACUGGAGACAAAGAUGAACUUGUGCAAGCUGGGGAAAGAGGCACUGGCGGAGGAGAGUCGGCAGGCGGCUGCUGAUGGGGAAGGGGCGAAGCCUCGGGUGAUCCUGCUGGCAGACAGCGAUGCAGAAUCAUCCAGCGCCGGCUCUUCCGACGAGGAAGACGUCCUUGCAGCAGAGCCUUCUGGAGCCCUGGGAGAGAGGAUCGUCCCCCCUCCUGCUGAAGGCCACGGCGGCAGCAACAGCACCAGCCGCAAGAUCCUGCGCUUCGUGGAUAAGAUCGCCAAGUCCAAGUACUUCCAGAAGGCCACUGAAAACGAGUUCAUCAAGAAGAAGAUCGAGGAGGUGUCCAACACGCCGCUGCUGCUGACUGUGGAAGUCCAGGAGCUGUCCGGGACCUUGGCUGUGAACAUUCCUCCACCCCCGACAGACCGAAUCUGGUACAGCUUCCGAAUCCCUCCUCAACUGGAGCUGAAAGUCCACCCAAAGCUGGGUGAGCGGGAAGUCACCUUCAUCCACGUCACGGAAUGGAUUGAGAGGAAGCUGCAGCAUGAAUUCCAGAAAAUUUUAGUGAUGCCAAACAUGGAUGAUCUCAUCAUUCCCAUCAUGCACUCCGGCUUGGAACCCCAACCCCCCCUGGAGGGGCCCUUCAAGGACCUUCCAGCGGAUAGUGGGAAGUGGCUCUGAAGAGUGACCCACUGGCUGGGUCAAGACACUUGGCAGAACUCUGGAGGAUUUGCGGAGACGCCCAGCUAACCUGGGCCUGGCCACUGGUUGCCACACAGGAGCCAAGACACUGAUCUGAAGUAUCCAGGUUCAUCUCUCCAUCUCGUCUUCAGCGUCCGCCAGCCCAUCAAAGGAGCCUCUUCUUCAAAUAUAAGCAGCAAAGAAUCCUGUGGCACCUUAUAGACUAACCGACGUUUUGCAGCAUGAGCUUUCGUGGGUGAAUACCCACUCCGUCGGAUGCAAGAUCUGCUGCAAGUUCCCAAAGGCCCCUGCACCAGCGUGGUCUGCUGGGAUUUUAGUGUCUCCUUAACCAGCUAGGAAGGGCAGAGGUUUGAGAACUCUUCAAAUAUGAUGCAGCACGUUAAGGACAGAAACAUACACCCCUGGGGGAGGAGCAAGUUGGAGUCACCCAAGCAUACAAAACUCCAGGUAGUUCAUCCAUCACCACCAGGUUCCUCUGGAUCAAUACAACUCCCUUGUGGCCAGGUGGGCAUCUUCUGUGCCAGCUGGGGCAGACACUUGCUCAGGACUGUCUGCUUUAUAAAGGGGGGUGCAAGAAACCCUGGAGAGGAGGGAAGCCUGAGGUCCAAGGAGUGUUAAUCAGACAUUGUGAUCAGAAAUGACCCAAGCGUCAGCACUGGACAUCCUUUAAACAGGCAGCCGGGUCUGCCAGGAAAACUGCAGGCAGGAAAUGAACUGAAACACACACACAAAAAAACAUAACCCCCAUUACCCCUACAAGUGUUUUAUUGUACUCUGAGUCUCACCACCAGCCAGCAGGUUGAAUGGGUGGGUGAGAGAGAGAGUGUGUGUGGGUAUGUGUGAGAGAGAGAGAGAAGAGCGAAGCUGGGUGUCUGUGACAGGCUGCUUUGUAUCUGUGUCUGAACACAAGGUACAGGCAGGGAUGCACAGCCCUGCUCCUGGCCGGGCAAUGGCUAUCGCAGGGGGUUAGCUGAAGGGGAAGAGGGGGGAAAGUGGCCAUUUGAUGGUAACCAGGCAGCAGCGGUGCAGGGAGGGACUGAAACAGUCACAUGUCAAAAUCCACGACUGUUCCGUCAGGCGGAUUUGGGGCAGAGGGCAGGGACGUGGGGGUGAACCCCCAAUACCUAAGGGGCGGGGAGCCUGGGGGGGAGCGCUCAGUAUGUCAGGGAAGGGAGAGGAGGGGAAGUCCCAUGAGCCUCAGAGAGAGAGAGAGCGGCUUGUAGGCAAAAAGAGAGGCAGCAUUGUGGGCUGCCCAGGUUCAGCCCGUCCUGAGCUAACGCCCUCAGCCCAGGCGGUGCACCCUGCGCCGGGGGAAAGCAGGAGGCCUGGGCAUGAGGCACUGUGCAGGUCAGGGCUCCAUGGCAGCACCUCUAAUGGGUCAAAAGCAGGGGAGGAGACAGCAACAGCCCUCUUCUCCCAUCCCAGGCCCGGAGGACUGGAGUGAGCCAGCCGGCAGAGGAGGUGGGGAUCAGGAAGCCGGUGGAGCGGAGGUCGGAGGGAGAUCGAGUGGUGUGUGUCAAGCUUUGCAGCCAUGUGAGAGCACUGCCUGGCAUUACGGGGUUAACACUUCAGCUGGCACAGCUUCCCUUGGCCUGCCUUUGUCCUCACUGAUGCUCACCAACAUUGCACCCUGAUCCCAUCCUGCCCCGGGAGUUACCCCUGAUGGGGCAUUAGCAGGAGGAGCCUGGGUUCCCUGGGUAUUGAAGCCCCACUGCACAAGGCCUGUGCCCCACUGAAGCUGGCCCCCCUCUGCCUUGCAGUGAAUGAGGCAGAGAGAAGUAGCCUCCUACUGGCAUUUUCCUUUGCUCCAUGCUUCCUCGCUGUGAUGUGUUUCAGGAGAGACACGGCUCAGCCGCCAGCAAUGCCACAAGCAUCUGAAGACACCAAGAGGACCAACCCUGCACCGGGCAGCGAUGGACGACGCCCGUCCAGACGAUAGCACGAGGCACGAAGUGAGACCAUUUGAUGCUCCACGCAAUAAAAGUAGCAGAUUCUGUCAAGUAAUGUCAGGGCACUGCGUUAAAACAAAGGGCUUUGCAGACCAGGUGGAUGUGUAA